AUGCUGGCUUCGACCGUUCGCACUGCUUUGCGCACCACCGCGCCCCGAGUCGCAGCACUCCCAUCCACCCGAUCGCUCUCCACCUCGCUCCCUCGCUUGUCUGCGACAGCGGCUAAGGAGUACCAGAACAUCAUCGUCUCGUCGCCUGCCAAGGGCGUCACGCAGAUCACGCUCAACCGACCCAAGGCACUCAACGCGCUCAACUCGGCGCUCUUCCACGAGCUCAACGAGGCCGCCGACAUCGCCGACAAUGAUCCCGAGGUGGGCGCCAUCGUCCUCACGGGAUCCGACAAGGCCUUCGCUGCGGGUGCCGAUAUCAAGGAGAUGAAGGACAAGCAGUACGCCGAUGCAUACAAGACCAAUUUCCUGGGUCACUGGACCAAGCUCACCACCAUCCGGAAGCCCAUUGUGGCUGCUGUCAGCGGGUUCGCGCUCGGCGGUGGUUGCGAGUUGGCCAUGAUGUGCGACAUCAUCCUCGCUUCGCCCACCGCCAACUUUGGUCAGCCCGAGAUCAACCUCGGUGUCAUUCCGGGUGCCGGCGGUACGCAGCGUCUCACCAAGGCGGUCGGCAAGUCGACCGCCAUGGAGAUGGUGCUGACGGGACGCAACUUCAGUGCCGACGAUGCGGAGCGACGCGGCUUGAUCUCGCGCGUUGUUCGUGAGGGCAGUGUCGUCGACGAGGCCGUCAAGGUGGCCUCGACCAUCGCCAAGAAGGGCCAGAUUGCGGUGCAGGCCGCCAAGGAGGGCGUCAAUGCUUCCUUCGAGCUCAGCCUGCAAGAGGGAACGCGCUUCGAGCGCCGCCUCUUCCAAAGCCUCUUCGCGACCAAGGAUCAGAAGGAAGGCAUGGCAGCUUUCGCCGAGAAGAGGAAGGCCUCCUUCACGCACGAGUAA